GUGGUUGGCAAAUGAGUGCGGAAAAACUCAAUUUCAUCGCAGAACAUAGAAAAAUCAAUUAACACGACACGAAAUUCUUCAUCACCUUUCAAACUACAAAAUAAAACGCCCGUUGGAUUGUUUCGGUGGUUCGAUGAUGACAAAGCCACUUUAUUUAUCUCUGUUACUUCAUUCCUAUCUUCGCUAUUAACCCAUCUCCUCUUUCCAAACAAUAUUGCUCUGUUUGGUUUCGACUUUCGAGAGAAUCCAGGUCAAAAAAUCAAGGCAAACGAAUUUUUAAAGGUGAGAAUCAAUGGGGAGUGCCUCAUCUAUGCUAACUCAAUAUGAUAUUGAAGAGGUUCAACAACACUGCCAUAACCUAUUUACCCAGCAAGAAAUAGUUUCAUUGUAUCAUAGAUUCUGCCAGCUGGAUAGAAACGCAAAAGGGUUUAUCUCAGCUGAUGAGUUCUUAUCUGUGCCUGAAUUUUCAAUGAACCCACUUUCUCAGAGAUUGCUUAAGAUGGUGGAUGGGUUGAAUUUUAAGGAUUUUGUGGCCUUCUUGUCUGCAUUUAGUUCUAAAGCAAGCAUGCAGCAGAAAAUUGAACUUAUUUUUAAAGUAUAUGACUCAGACGGUAACGGAAAGGUGUCUUUCAAUGACAUAAUGGAAGUGCUGCAGGAUUUGUCUGGUUCGUUUAUGUCGGAUGAGCAACGAGAGCAAGUCUUGACUCAAGUGUUCAAGGAAGCAGGUUACACAAGGGACUCUUAUUUAACAUUGGCUGACUUCAUUAAGGUUUUUGGAACUUCCGGCCUAAAUAUGGAUGUUGAAGUUCCGGUUGACUAAAGCAAAUCCUUCACUUUCGCUCAAUCUUAAUUCAUGAUCUGUCUCUUUCUGGACUUCAGUUCAAGGCCAACAUACAAAAAGAGAAACCAAACCAUACCAAUGUAGGCCAGUUGAAAUCAAAUAGAAACACACCCUCGUGUAUUAUCCUUCUCUGUUCAUUGACCUGGAUGAAUAAUAUUUGGGAAGAAUUGCAUGUGUAUUACAAUAAUAAUUUUUCAGGUUCUGAGUGUUUAAAUCCAUCAUAUUUCCAAUUCCUUCUAAAUCCAUGGAGCUUAUCAGUUUCACUCCAUGCAUGCAUCCGUCGAAACAACUUCUGUAAGACAUAUAGAAUUACUUAAUGGAGAAGUGAUUAAUUGUUGCUCUA